AUGGCGUUUGGGAAGAGUCACCGCGAUCCCUAUGGGACCUCUGUGGGCCACCUCAUAGAAAAGGCUACAUUUGCUGGAGUUCAGACUGAAAACUGGGGCCAGUUCAUGCACAUCUGUGACAUAAUCAACACUGUCCAGGAUGGGCCAAAAGAUGCAGUAAAAGCUUUGAAGAAAAGGAUUUCCAAAAAUUACAAUCAGAAAGAAGUCCAACUUACUUUGUCACUUAUUGACAUGUGCAUGCAGAACUGUGGUCCGAGUUUCCAGUCUCUGAUUGUGAAGAAGGAAUUUGUGAAAGAUAGUCUAGUCAAGCUGCUGAAUCCCAGAUACACUUUGCCAUUAGACAUUCAGAAUAAAAUCUUGAAUUUCAUUAAGACUUGGUCACAGGGUUUCCCAGGAGGUGUGGAUGUAAGUGAAGUAAAAGAAGUGUAUCUUGACCUGCUUAAGAAAGGCGUACAGUUUCCUCCCUCAGAUGCAGAGGCUGAAACAACACGACGAGAGAUCUCAUCUAGCCUACCAACAUCUGUUCCUACUGCACCAGCUCUUCCUUCUGUAGUUGCUCCCAAGAGUUCGACCAUUACCUUGCUCCCAGAACAGAUUGGAAAAUUACACAGUGAGCUGGAUAUGGUGAAAAUGAAUGUGAGAGUGAUGUUCACCAUAUUAAUGGAGAAUACCCCUGGGUCUGAAAACCACGAAGAUAUGGAGCUUCUGCAGAAACUUUAUAAGACGUGUCGAGAGAUGCAGGAGAGGAUCAUGGACCUGCUGGUGGUGGUAGAGAAUGAAGAUGUAACUAUUGAGCUAAUUCAAGUGAAUGAGGAUUUGAAUAAUGCCCUCCUUGGAUAUGAGAGGUUUACUCGAAACCAGCAAAGAGUUUUGGAGCAAAGUAAGAACCAGGAAGAAGCUGCCAAUACAACCAGUGAACCUUCUGCCCCAUCCUGUGAUCUCCUUGACCUAAGCCCCAGUCCCCCAACUCCUAGGGCCACAUUGGGAGAACUCAGCGCUGUGAAUGCUCAGCUGUCAGAUUUAAAUUUUAGAUCAUCAAGUCCUGUUGUUACAAACGUGAACCCCAGUCAUCAUUCACAGGUAGACUUGCUAGCCUCAGAAAAUACAGAAGCACCCUUGUUUCCCCAAAGGACCAGCCAAAACCUCACCUCAAGUCACACAUAUGACAAUUUUCCAGAAGAUUCAUAUUCAGUGUUACUACAGCCAACUAGUCUACAGAGUAUCCCAGCAACAUCGUCAGACCAGAGGCUGCCACCCUUGCCUGGCAAUCAUCCAGCAAUGACAAAGAAAGAUCUUCAGCCACCCAAUUACUACGAGGUAAUGGAGUUUGAUCCCUUAGCUCCUGCUGUCACUGCAGAAGCUAUUUAUGAAGAAAUUGAUGUUCAUCACCACAAAAGAGCUCAAAGUCACACUGAUUGUUGA